AUGGAUCGAAUGGAGCGUGUCGAGGAUACCGCGGACAAUGGGGUUAGUGCUAGCCUGCAGCCUCCUUCGCAGGAGGCCUUUCCUGGCCUACCCCAAGACAUAGAUUACCAACCACCAGCAACGAGAUCCCCCCGAUUGAGACGUCGAUCUCGACAGCCCAGUAUAAGGCUACGUCGCCUAUCCUCUGCUUCGAGCAUUCAUCCGCAAGAUGACACUAGUGCGUCCGAGCCAGCCGCGCAAGGAACCCCGCAACCAGCAGAACAGCAGAGCGCUAUCCAUGCUAGGAACGAUGCCGAAGACUCAUGGCAAGCGAACAGGCGCCGCAGCAACUCAGAACCGCGUCCCGGUCGUUGGUCUGGACCGCCGUUGGUCGUAUCGCCUGGCAUGCAGACGUCAUCGCAGCAUCCCAUGUCCCCUGUGACGGAGGAGACAGGGAGGCCAUCAAUGGAUUUGUAUAAUGUCGAGCGCUUUGCGGCACUGAACUCCAUUUCGCCCGCCGCGACCGCGACCGCUGAAAGGCCUCAAGAUGGAGAAGAAGGAUUGUCUGCGCGGGGACAGGAACAUGAACAUACACAAGAACAAGAACAACCGUCGAAUCUAGCAUCACCAGAUAGAGCGAGUGGCCCGGGAAUGCUACGACGAGCCAGCAAUGCGGCCCUUUCAGCUUUCGGUCGCAACCGCGCUUCCACUUUGGCUGCCCCGAUUUCUGCACAACGCCAUCUUGCCGCGGAUGAAUAUGACUCACGGAUAGUUGAUCUGUUGGACGUAAUUGACCCGGAAGUAUCGACGCUAUCUACUCUCACUAAUGUUCAGAACUCCCUUUUCGUUCCUGACUUGGGCGGUUUAUUAAAUCGCACACCCACGUAUAAUCUAACACGACGGCCGAGUAAGGUCCCGGAAAGCCAUGAGCUUACUAAAACGACAACAGAGCCAGUUGCGACAGUGGCGCCACCUCUCCAACGGCCCCAGCUCGUGAGCUCUAUAAGCUCGAUGAUAGAAGAUGAACCCUUCGCCAUCUUACCCGAUGGAGCGACUUUAGAAGGCUGGUCAAAGCAGGAUAUAGAGGAAUUGAACGACCAUGUUCGGCAUAUGCUUCAUUCCCGUCGGUCGAAAUUCAAACGGGCUAUGAAAGGGUUUGGGCAGUAUAUCUCGAAACCACUCGGGUUCCUGGUAACUUUAUAUGCAACUUUAAUCACCCUUUUUGGACUCGCUUGGGUUCUCUUUUUGAUUGGUUGGAUUAACGUUGGGGGCCGGCAAUCUUAUAUAAUUAAUGUUAUCGAUAACGUGCUAGUGGCUCUUUUUGCCGUUAUGGGAGAUGGUUUGGCUCCGUUUAGAGCUGUCGACACCUAUCAUAUGAUAUACAUCGCUCACUACCAUCAUUUGACAUGGCGACUUCGUAAGAAGCGCACGCUGCCAGACCUCCACGACGAGAACGAUUUACCCUCACACCGAGAAGAAGAUUGCCCUGACGUUGAGCGCGCCGAUGAUAAGAAAGCACCCAUGGAAUUCUCCAUCCUCACCCCGCUCCAACAAAAACGACUCGAGCACCAUCAGCGCAAAUUCUCCAAAUCGCACACAUUCUACAAACCUCACGAAACCGCCACCCACCACGCCUUCCCGUUGCGAAUGCUCGUUGCCAUUGUGGUCAUUCUAGACUGCCACUCUCUUCUCCAGAUCUCACUGGGCGCUUGUACAUGGGGCAUUAGCUACCACGUCCGCCCCUUUGCAUUAACGACAGUCAUUCUGUGUUGCUCCAUCACCUGUAAUAUCACAGGUGGCGUGCUGAUUAUGAUCGGCGACCGGAUUAGUCGCAAAAAGGACGUCAUAGAGCGAAUGUCCAUCCAGGGUCUGACCGGGGAAGCCAUGAAGAAGAUGGAGAAGCGAAAGAAGGAAGAGGAGCUCAGAAAGUCUGAGUCCCUUAUUGAGCCUUAUCCCGAUACGUGA